UCGCCGUUGCCCCGGCACCAUCAGAUCCCAACUGCCAGGAAGCUGGCGCCAUCAUGCCCAAGAAUAAAGGGAAAGGAGGUAAAAACAGGCGAAGAGGUAAGAAUGAGAAUGAAUCUGAAAAGAGAGAACUGGUCUUUAAAGAAGAUGGCCAAGAGUAUGCUCAGGUAAUCAAAAUGCUGGGAAAUGGACGAUUAGAAGCAAUGUGUUUUGAUGGUGUAAAGAGGUUAUGUCAUAUCAGAGGAAAACUGAGAAAAAAGGUUUGGAUAAAUACCUCAGACAUUAUAUUGGUUGGUCUGCGAGACUAUCAGGAUAACAAAGCUGAUGUAAUUUUAAAGUACAAUGCAGAUGAAGCUAGAAGUCUGAAGGCAUACGGCGAGCUUCCAGAACAUGCUAAAAUCAAUGAAACUGAUACAUUUGGUCCUGGAGAUGAUGAUGAAAUCCAGUUUGAUGACAUUGGAGAUGAUGAUGAAGACAUUGAUGAUAUCUAAAUUGAACUUAAAGUUUCAGAGUAUUUGUUCCAUAGUUUGGAUUUUGGCCAUCACCUGUCAAGAAGACUAAAACUUCAGGAUAACUGCAGUUUGCUAACACACACUGAUU